AUGGGCCGCCCCGAGCGGGGCGCGCUCCGGCCGCUGGCGCCGCCGGUGCUGCUGCUGCUGCUGCUGCUGCCGCUGCGGCUCCAGCAUCUCGCGGCGGCGGCGGCGGCGGCGGAUACACAGCGCGGCGGCCAAGGGCCGGCCAAAGUGUGCGAAGAGGACCAGUUCCGGUGCCGGAACGAGCGCUGCAUCCCCUCCGUGUGGAGAUGCGACGAGGACGACGACUGCUCCGACAACAGCGACGAGGACGAUUGCCCCAAGAAGACCUGUGCAGACAGUGACUUCACCUGUGGCAACGGCCACUGCAUCCCAGAGCGGUGGAAGUGUGACGGCGAGGAGGAGUGUCCCGACGGCUCUGAUGAGUCUGAGGCCACCUGCACCAAGCAGGUGUGUCCUGCAGAGAAGCUGAGCUGUGGACCCGCCAGCCACAAGUGUGUGCCUGCCUCGUGGCGCUGCGACGGGGAGAAGGACUGUGAGAGCGGUGCAGACGAGGCCGGCUGUGCCACCUUGUGCGCCCCGCACGAGUUCCAGUGCAGCAACCGCUCCUGCCUGGCCGCCGUGUUCGUGUGCGACGGCGACGACGACUGUGGCGACGGCAGCGACGAGCGUGGCUGCGCCGACCCGGCCUGCGGGCCCCGCGAGUUCCGCUGCGGCGGCGGCGGCGGCACCUGCAUCCCCGAGCGCUGGGUCUGCGACCGCCAGUUCGACUGCGAGGACCGCUCGGACGAGGCGGCCGACCUGUGCCCCGGGGCCACCGCCGCGCCCGCCGCCUGCGCCGCUGCCGCCCAGUUCGCCUGCCGCAGCGGCGAGUGUGUGCACCUGGGCUGGCGCUGCGACGGCGACCGCGACUGCAAGGACAAGUCGGACGAGGCCGACUGCCCUCUGGGGACGUGUCGUGGGGAUGAGUUCCAGUGUGGGGAUGGGACUUGUGUCCCAACACUCAAACGCUGUAACCAGGAACAGGACUGUCCAGAUGGGAGUGACGAAGCUGGCUGUCUACAGGGACUGAAUGAGUGUCUGCACAACAAUGGGGGCUGUUCCCACAUAUGUACGGACCUCAAGAUCGGCUUUGAGUGCACGUGUCCAGCAGGCUACCAGCUCUUGGACCAGAAGACCUGUGGCGACAUUGACGAGUGUGAGGACCCCGAUGCCUGCAGCCAGAUCUGUGUCAACUACAAGGGCUACUUUAAGUGCGAGUGCCACCCUGGCUAUGAGAUGGAUACGCUGACCAAGAACUGCAAGGCUGUUGCUGGCAAAAGCCCCUCCCUGAUCUUCACCAACCGGCAUGAAGUGCGGAGGAUAGACCUGGUGAAGCGAGACUACUCGCGCCUCAUCCCCAUGCUCAAGAACGUUGUGGCGCUGGAUGUUGAAGUUGCCACCAAUCGCAUCUACUGGUGUGACCUCUCCUACCGCAAGAUCUAUAGCGCCUACAUGGACAAGGCCAGCGAUCCAGCAGAGCAGGAGGUCCUCGUGGAUGAGCAGCUGCACUCUCCAGAGGGCCUGGCGGUGGACUGGGUCCAUAAGCACAUCUACUGGACGGACUCCGGCAACAAGACCAUCUCCGUGGCCACGAUGGAUGGCGCUCGCCGAUGCACUCUCUUCAGCCGUGACCUCAGUGAGCCCCGGGCCAUCGCGGUCGACCCCCUGAGAGGGUUCAUGUAUUGGUCUGACUGGGGGUAUCAAGCCAAGAUCGAGAAGUCUGGGCUCAACGGUGUGGACCGGCAAACACUGGUAUCAGACAACAUUGAAUGGCCCAAUGGAAUCACCCUGGAUUUGCUGAACCAGCGCUUGUACUGGGUAGACUCCAAGCUUCACCAGCUCUCCAGCAUCGACCUCAGUGGAGGCAACAGGAAGAUGCUAAUUUCCUCCCCUGACUUCCUGAGCCACCCUUUUGGGAUAGCUGUGUUUGAGGACAAGGUGUUCUGGACAGACCUGGAGAAUGAGGCUAUUUUCAGUGCAAAUCGGCUCAACGGCCUGGAAAUCUCCGUCUUAGCUGAGAACCUCAAUAACCCACAUGACAUUGUCAUCUUCCAUGAGCUGAAGCAGCCCAAAGCUGCAGAUGCCUGUGAGCUAAGUGCCCAGCCCAAUGGAGGCUGUGAGUACCUGUGCCUUCCUGCUCCUCAGAUCUCCAGCCUGUCUCCCAAGUACACAUGUGCCUGUCCUGACACGAUGUGGCUGGGCCCAGACAUGAAGAGGUGCUACCGAGCACCUCAAUCUACCUCAACCACGACGUUAGCUCCUACCACAGCGAGGACACUAGCCGACACCACGAGAGCCCCUGGGACCACCGUCCACAGCCUCACCUACCAGAACCACAGCACAGAGACGCCAAGCCUGGCAGCUGUGGUCCCGAGCUCAGUUAGUGUCCCCAGGACUCCCAGCAUCAAGCCAUCUACCCCAAGCCCUGGGACCAGCAACCACUCCCAGCACUAUGGGAACGAAGGUGGCAAGAUGGGCUCAACAGUUACUGCUGCUGUCAUUGGGAUCAUUGUGCCCAUGGCGGUAAUAGCCCUGCUGUGCAUGAGCGGCUACCUGAUUUGGAGAAACUGGAAGCGGAAGAACACCAAAAGCAUGAAUUUUGACAACCCAGUGUACAGGAAAACAACGGAAGAAGAGGAUGAAGAUGAGCUCCACAUAGGGAGGACUGCGCAGAUUGGCCAUGUCUAUCCUGCAGCAAUCAGCAGCUUUGAUCACCCACUGUGGGCAGAGCCCUGUCUUGGGGAGACCAGAGAACUGGAAGACCCAGCCCCUGCCCUCAAGGAGCUUUUUGUCUUGCCGGGGGACCCAAGGUCACAGCCGCACCAACUCCCGAAGAACCCUCUUUCCGAGCUGCCUGUCGUCAAGUGCAAGCGAGUGGCAUUAAGCCUUGAAGAUGAUGGACUGCCCUGAGGAUGGGACCACUCCCUUCGUGCCUCAUGGAAUUCAGUCCCAUGCACUACACUCUCUGGAUGGUGUAUGCCUGGGUGAAGGGGUUUCUGUACGUGGGUCUGUGUGAGUGAGUGAGCGUGUAUGUGUGUAAUUUCUUUUUAAUUUAUGUUGCGGAACGGUAACCACAAAGUUAUGAUGAACUGCAAACAUCCAAAGGAUGUGAGAGUUUUUAUAUGUAUAAUGUUUUAUACACUUUUUAACUGGUUGCACUACCCAUGAGGAUUUCAUGGAAUGGCUACUGCGAAGUGACUAACAUGAUGUACAUAACCAAAUGGGGCUGGUGGUACAGUAGCUUACUCAUCAUUUUAAAAGUAUAUUUACAAGAGGGUAUUUGGUUUUGGGGGGGCUUUUUUAGGUUUUGGAGUUUGGAUUUGAUUUUUUUUUUUUUUUUGGUAUAUAAAAUGAUUAUGCUUUGUGGCUAUCCAUCAACAUAAGUGAAAAAAAGAAGAAAACACUUCAACCCCCUCCUCCCACUUAGAUUAUUUAUUAACAUAUUUCAAAAAUAAGAUUAGUUCUAUAAAUAAUUUAGAGACAUGAGAGUAUUUAUUUUUGGUAUGAGUGGCCCACCAUGCAGACUCUGUGUGCAUUUACGUUUAUAUGUGUAUGUAUGAGAGAGAGAGAGAGGUCUGUAGAGAAGAGGUGCACCUGUGGCUGUUCAAAUCCAUACGGAUAAAUGCAUUGGAAAACAGUCCACAGAGGGAUAUCUGUAGUUUUCAGAGAAGCCUUUGGCAAUUUGGCUCAAAAAAAAACGGAUGCCAUGGUUUGUGUAAACAUGUUGUGGAAGAGGCAGAUCUUUCCCACCUCUGGCAAUUCCUAGGACCCCCGUCAGUCACAAAAAGCCUUUCAGUUCCCCCGUGGCUGCUGUGGCUCCCACUUGGGCUUUCUCUUCUGUGGCUGAAGCCAGGGCACAGACUUGAACCAGUGCCAGAAGUUCUCAUGAUCUCCUGUGAGAAUAUGCCUGAACCUUGGCCGCUCCUUGUUUUAAAGUUCAGCAUUUCAAGUAACUUCAGUUUCCUUCAGGAUGCUUGGGUUGGAUUCAUUUUGUCUUCUCUGAAGCCCUCCUAGGGUGCCGUCCUUACUCAUAGAGAGCUAAGCGCAGACAUUUCUAGAACAGCUCAGGUUUCCUGUAGAGACUGGCUCAGGCACUGAACCUCUGAGAUAUGCUGUGGGUGAGGAUAAGGACAGUGGAGUAGGUUCUGUUACAUCUCUGUUUCUCCCUUUCCCUUACUCUCUCCCAUUUCCUGUAAGUGAGGGAAACAACAUAGGUUUGCUACCAUCGUGUGUUCAUAUAGAUGAGACUGGUUUUUGGCUUAGGUCAGAAAAAGUGGCCAAACUUGAUGUCCUACGAGGGGGAAAUGGUAUACACAACACUAUAGAAUACUGGGUACAUGUGUUCACACAGGGAUUUGGUUUACUACUUUGUAAAUAAAAGGAAAAACUCUGGGUAUAUGUAUAGAUUUUUUUUUUCAUUAUGGACACUUUUCUUUGUUUUUCCUGGGCCUUGGGAGAGGUGGGAGAAGCGCUCUUUUCUCUCUGUGGGGUCUACCAUUGAAAACGUAAUCCUACAGUCCCAGAAGGAAGUCUGUCCCCAGCGGAUCUCAUCCAAGACCUGAUCUUUUCCUAACUCUGCUGUUGUGCCACUUCACGCCCGCCAGACAGCCAGGGACAAGACAUGUGAACAAACUCUGACACCCCUCUGCCUUUGGGGCCCCCCAACUCAAUGAAGCUUGGAUAUCUCACCAGCUUGAUACCCUUCAAAUUUCCAGGCGGGCAUUUGGGAGUUCUGUAACCCUGCUCCUAGGACCUUUCUCCACAUCACUCAUGGUCUCCUAACUUCUGAGAAAACGUGUUCUGGAGCCUCGGCCCUAUGCUUUGCAUAAAUAAGCAAUUUUCCUCAUGAUACGCAUGUGUCGAUCGUCCCGAAACAUUCGUUGAGAGGCAACUGACCUAGAGACCAAUACCAAAUAGGAUUUUAAGAACAGGUGGCCAACUCCUAUGGAGCUUAAUCACUUGCUACUAUUCUUUCAAGAAUGGAAAGUAAAAUUAUUUUUGACUGAAGAAAAAUGACAAAAAAAUUUUGAGAUUUACAUGACACAAACAACUUUUUCUAUGACCCACCUCCAAAGAAAUAGAAUUUCCUGGGGAAAUGAGAACAGUGACUAACGUGUAGUUUCUAAACUUUCAGUCAGAUCCUGGCCUUCACAGAAAAAAAUAAAUAAAAAGAAUGAAUGGAGUCAGGAUGGUUCAGCCUGAGAUCUCAAAAUGAUGAUGAAACACAACUUUCUCAAAGACAUCCACGUUUCCUGAAUAUGUUACAACUGCAGUUUGGAAGAGGUGGCUAUGAAAGCAACCUGCAGAAGACAAAUUGCAGAGUACCCACAUGUCAGAUGGUAGUCAAUAAGAUGAAAUCUGAGGUGGUUAGGUCCAUCCUCCCUCUGUAAUCUUGGAGGCUUCUGAACUUCAUUUUGAGGUACUAUUGCAUUUCUGUUGCCUUUUGCCCCUGUGCUAUCAUGCACCUACAGCCAAUAACAGAUCAUAGAGUCCUUGGACUGUAGAGCUGGAAGGAAACCUACAGAUAAUGCCAGGAGGGUAGAAGAUUUAUCAGACUUUUUUUUUUCCCUCCGUCUGAAAGAAACUGGUCCCAGACCUUUUCCUCCUUUUCCUUCUUCAGGUGACUACUUCGGACUGUCUGAACAUUGUAUGAAACCUGCUACCUAUCUUAUGGCCUAUCUUUCCAGUGGAAUUAUGACGACACUGGUAGAAAUAGCCUUCCAGAAACAGAAAACUAAAAUUUUAUUUAUUUACUCUUGAUAACAUGAUUACUUAUAAAAUAGGUUGAGGUAACUUUUACCCUCAAGAUGAGAUCAGAGUUAAAUUUAUGGCAAUAAGUACUGUGAUCCCUCUAAUCUUCUCCAUGAUGGCAGUAUAUUCAUUCACUGAAACCAUUUGCUAGGUACCAACUAAGUGCCAGGCACUGUAGAUGUACAGGUCACUCAAGUGUUUUCUGUCCUUAUGGAGUUCACAGUAACAAUAGAGGAAGACAUGUGGGAAAAAAAAGGAAGAGAUUCUUUUCAGAGUAUUAUUAAGGCACAAGUGAGAGAGAGAGAGAGGUCAUUUCUAUAUAAGGGGAUGAGGAAUGGGGUCAAGGAAGGCAUUGUAGAAGUGACCUUAUGCUAAGUCUUAAAAACUAAAUAGGGGUGUCAGAGGAGACACACAUGCAUGAAACAGCAUGGGGGCUUUCAGGAACGGCAUGUAAUUCAUUGUAAUGAGCAAAAGGCUCAUGGGGGACUUAGCAAGAAAUGAGGCUGGAUGGAAAGACAGGUUCAAUGUAAGCACUUUAUAGAACACUUAUGUUUAAUUUCUGAUUCAAUUAUGCAAACAUUUCUUAGUCAUUUAUUGUGUACGAGGCACCACGUGCAUCAUGGAAAGUUCGUCAGGAUGCAUCGCCAGCACUUUGCAGACAUGGCAGUCUUUAGCCUCAAGCUUUCCAGUGGCCAAAGGGAAAUAGUGACUGCGUUUCGUAUGUUUGAGUUGACCCUUUUUUAAAUAUAAGGGUAAUGGAAUUUUCACAGAAGUACUCCAUGUUGUCAAGAGUCUCUGAGAUUUUCUCAACAUUGAGAAAACGAUAUUUGGGAGAUGUGUAAUCUGCACAGGGAACCCCAAGCACUGUCUAGUCAGGUGCCGGUGGGAGUCAGGAGAGAGCACAGGAAUGUGAGCCUCACUCCUCUCCCUGACUCCAGCCAUGCUCGUUAUUUAACAGAAUAUAAAUGAGUUAGCAAUUAAACAUUCAGAGUAAAUAACUUCAUUUCCCAUCAAUGCAUGAAGAUAAAGUAUCGGAGUCUUCUCACAGUGUAUUUUUAGGGUAUUGGGGAUUUUCAGGAUACAGAGAACUUAGAGGUGGAGGAAUUACAGCUUCAAAUUUUCAGUUAAUAUAAGAAAUCAGGAACUCUGUUCAUUCUGGCUAUGCACCAUGUGCAUAGUCAAGAAUCAGCAGAAACCCUCUGCAUUUGCAAACACUUUGUGCUAUAAAAAGUAAUUUUAAAGAAGCCACCUGUAUAUGUAUAUAUAUAUUUAAAGACAUGAAGGUUUUGAUACUUUUUUACAAAAACUACAAGAGAAAACAUACCUGUACAAAACCAUGUGUUUUAAAAUAGCAUUUUGUUCUAUACAGCUGUUGUUAAUUUGGGGGUGAAGUACUGGUUUGCAGACUCCAUCACAUUGUACCCAAAUGAAUUUUCCUUGUUUGUCUUCCCCACUCCCCACCCUCAAAGGACCAUAUUUGAUGUAACAGGCAUGUUAGAAUGUUGGGUCACACUAACAGUUUCUGCUCUUUUUGUCUUGUCAUUCCGAGUUUCAUUAGCUUCUGUACUCAGUGCCCUGUGCAGUCUGGUUUCUGUUCCAGAAGCAAAGGGUGGUGUGCUGCAUCUCACUAGCUGUACUGACAUCAUCUUGGUGAACGAAAAACCAAAUGUGAACAUUUGUAAAAUCAGUGCACUGUUUCUAGAGAGAGAUUAAAUUCAUUUUUUAAAAUCUGAAA